AGUGUUGCAGUGCAGGAGAAGAAGCUGCUGUAGAUUCAGUGGUGAACAUGGCAGUGUGUGCCUGGUCAGAAGACAUACUGCAGCUCCUCCGCAGAAUGAAUAACUUUUAUUCAGCAGGCUCCAGUCGUUCCAGCUGCUUUCGGUUUGAGAUAGAAGGAACACAGGUAGGCUGGAUCCCUCCGCGUAUAGCGACGCUGCUGACGCGUUAUCCAGAUGUGUUCAAUCUGCCGCACGGUGGCGCUGUGUCCCUGUCUCACAGGCUGGACUCUUACACGAAGAGAUCUGAGUCUGUGGACGCUGUCCUCACAUCUCUGAGAUCUUUGAUAGGAGAGAGCUCAUUGAGCUGUCUGAAAGGAUGGAGAGAUGAGAAGUACAGUGUCAUGCAGAGAUACUCAGACCCUCCCGUCAUGUGGAUGGAAAGAGCUGCAACCUGUCUUUUUGGGGUGAGGCGGUAUGGAGUCCAUGUUAACGGCUACACUGUUAGUGAAAGUGGGGAAGUCAGCAUGUGGCUGGCCAGACGUUCCCUCACAAAGCAGACCUAUCCUGGACUACUGGACAACGUGGCAGCAGGUGGUCUGGCUGCUGGUGUUGGCAUCAAACACACUCUGGUCAAAGAAUGUCAGGAAGAAGCAUGUAUCCCAGCAGCCCUUGCUGAGAAAGCUCGUCCUGUAACCACAGUAAGCUACACUUACGAGGAUGACGAGGGCGUGUUUGCAGAAACCCAGUUUGUCUAUGAUUUGGAACUUCCCCUCCAGUUCAAGCCCACAGUAGGUGAUGGAGAGGUGCAAGAAUUCUACCUCCUGCCCAUAGAUAAGGUGAAGGAACUACUGCCAACUGAUGACUUCAAACCCAACUGUGCUAUGGUGGUUUUGGAUUUCCUCAUUAGACACUCAGUUAUUGAGCCUGAUAAAGAGCCGUUUUACCAGGAGUUUGUGAGUGGACUGCACCGGACGUUAUAGAGUGAAGCUGAAGACUGAAGCACAUUGUUGUUUACAUGUAUCACAGACACAUGUCAGCCUCACAGAAGCCAGUGUCAGAACAUUCAUCAGUCAGUGGACUCUGGUUUAUAUGACAGCUGCGUUCAGCCUUGCUUUGGGAGGGAUGCUGUCAUCUGCAAAAUACUUACCGGGCUGGUGCUGACUAUGUCUAUGGACAGAUGAUCUGUGUGCAAUACUGUGAUUUUUAAAAUAUCAGCAGAGUUAGCACUGUUGACACAAGCUGAGAUACAACUGAAACUAAUGUCUACAGGAUUGUUCAUAAAACUUAACUCAAAAUUAAACAGUUAUUUAUGGGUAAAGUCAUAGCUCACAUCCACAAAAAGUGAAGAGUAUCAGUCAUAUUUGUAGCUCAUCGUGUGCAGUUUUUUAAAUGCAGAAGACAGUAUAAAAUUAGGCAUGUACUGAUAUGAACACUAUAUGUGGCAUAAAUGGUUUAAAUAGUGACAACAGUAUUAAUUCAGCAUUAUUUAGAAUAUUAAUGAUUUAGUAACUACAGUGCUGUUCAUCCCUCCAGUAGAGUUCCCUGACUCUAUAAUCAAUGUUACGGAGCAUUGAAGCUGUUACUCACUAAAACUUAGUGAGGGUUUUUCCUUUUAAUUUAUCAUAAUCUGUAUAGAAAUACAGUGGCCUAUUUUCACAUUCUCCCAAAACAUCACACAUUGGGUGCAUCUCAUUGCCAUUAAAUGCAUCCAUGUCUCCCUCUCUUGCAUCUCAGUUCUUCCCACUAAAGAUACAUGGAGAGAUGCAGGCAGACCAUGCAAGAAGAGAGGAAAGGAAGAAAUAUGUUUUUAGAGACAUGAGACAUUCUUUCCUCUGAAGUGUCAUGUGAAGCAACGUGUUUGUGAUGAUGGUGGCAGAUGAUCUCAGCUGAUCAGCUGUAGAGACUUC